CUACAUGGCACAGCAGCAAGCAGCAGAAGAAGCUCAAGUUCAGAGCGAUUUUACUUUGCUGAGAGACAACAAAGCAAAGGAGCUGCCAAAAUGUGCAAAGGGUUAGCAGCCCUACCAGCAACAUGCCUCGAAAGGGCCAAAGAAAUAAAAACGAAACUAGGCAUUCUGCUGCAGAAGCCGGAGUUGAUCUCUGAGUACAUCAUCCCGUACUCUGAUAAAGCUGAGAAAUCAGCCAAGCCCCACAGGCCUUCCCAACUGGAGGCACUGCAGUGGCGUGAAUCUCUGGAGAAGCUUCUGAUGAACAACUAUGGGCAGGCUGCCUUCAAAGCUUUUCUCCAGUCAGAACAUAGUGAGGAGAACAUUGAGUUCUGGAUGGCUUGUGAGGACUACAAAGCAACCAAAUCACCCAUUCAGCUGGCCUCCAAGGCAAAGAAGAUCUUUGAGGAUUUCAUUGAAACAGAGGCUCCAAAAGAGGUCAAUGUGGAUCACUACACCAAGGAGAUCACCAUGAAGAGCCUUGUUGAACCUUCACCUUCAACCUUUGAACUGGCUCAGAAGAGAGUGCUGAAUUUGAUGGAGAAGGAUUCAUUCAGCAGGUUUCUGAAAUCCGAACUCUAUCUGGAGCUGAUAAAGUAACAAUGUAGCUGGGCUGUGCAAAGGGAGGGUGGAAUAAGACCAUUAAUAUCUCCACAUAGUCGCUAACUGAAUAUUCUCUCACUGCUGUUAGCUAAAAAAAAAUCCAAGUGUUACUUCUUUAAACCUUUGGGCACCAUACUGACAUCAUUUAAAUCUAACACUUGUCUUUGCAUAGCCCGGAAAUAAACAGGUGCCAUUUAUGGAAAAGUGUACCUUUAAUGUUGUGCUUGUCUUUUAUGUGUGCUUUUUUCUUCCUUAUUUUUCCAAAGAUUAUAUCCAAUGAUGAGUAACCACGUGGCUUCAAAUAAAUUUUUGGGCAAUUCAAAUCAUUCCUUUAGAAUUGCUGGCACCAUCAGGACACAAAUUGGGGGAGAAAAACGUCUUUCAAUAAAUAGAUAGAAAGUAAAAAAUUCCUAGUCCUUCCACUGAGCGAGCACCUUUCAUCAUUCCUAUAUCUCUGUACAGUUCAGAGAACAAAUGUUAAGAAAGGUUUUUAAUUGGUGUUAUCAAAGUUUGUAUAUUUACUAGUGAAGCCCACUACAAAUAUACCACUUAUCACUAAGGAUAUGCUUUUAAUCUACAGUAAAUAUUCUGAGAGUUUACUUUACCCUACAGAAGCAGCGCCAAUGUGCAGAGUAUACAAUGCACAUACCAGCAGAUGCAGCCUAUACAUUUACAUAGCUUUACAUAGAUAUGAGUCUUUAUAAACCAUUUAUUCUGGCAGUUUAUAUCGCUCAUACAGAUCAUCAUCAUCUUUACUGUGGUGAGGUGUGGCUAUUCGAUCUAAUUUGUGGACUGCAUUGUACACAAUGAAGACUGGCAUAAGUUCAGACAAUCAUUCAUCUGGUUACACCAAAGCAUUUAGGUAUAAGAAACAAAUCUCCCUUUUUCACUUGAAAAGUAACUUUCAAUAACCAGCACAUUGUUCAAUCAGGAUAUGCACAUUAAUUCCUCAAUGAUCAACGAUAUUUCAGUGGCAACACAACAUUGUAUCACAGAUACUUCACUGGUAGAGGCAGGCUGAGCAUGGGACUUCACGGUAUUGGAUAUUUAACCAUAUCAAAUCAGAUAGAUUUAGUUCAAACAGAAGAUGAACCUUGAGACAAAUGUUGGACAAUACAUCCAAAUGGUGACUAUUAUAGUCAAUUAACUCAACAUAAUCACAAUCCCUUAAUGAACACUCUACAUUCAAAUCAGGUAACUUAAUAAACCAGAGAGUGCCUGAAUUCAUGGUUUUUCCAUUGCCGUAAAAGAUCCAAACAAUUUAUUCUGAGAUAUAUCCAACUGUAAUCUUGACUAACAAGUCCAAAUAAACAUAUGCAAUAGGCCCAUAACAUGUUGUGCCAAACUUUCCAAAUAUGAUUUAAAGUUAUACAAGAGUAUUAUUUCUGUCAUGUACUGGUGUAAGCAGACAAUAAACAUGAAAUAGAAUAGCCUCAACAACA